GUAAGAAUUCGGGUCAUGCCAAGGGCUCCUUCACCCAGUAAGAGGAAGGAACGCUCAGAAGACAAGGCAAAAGAAAGAGGCAAAGAGAAAGCUCCAGGAAAAGAAGCCACAGAUAAAGAUCGUGGGCGUGACAAAGCAAAGAAGAGGCGCAGUGCUUCUAGUGGCAGUAGCAGUAGCAGUCGUUCCCGCUCCAGUUCAUCCUCCAGCUCCUCUUCGGGUUCCAGUUCCGGAUCCAGCUCUGGUUCCAGUUCAUCUGCUUCCAGUCGUUCAGGAAGUUCCAGUUCCUCUCGCAGCUCUAGUUCCAGCAGCUCCUCUGGUUCUCCAAGUCCAUCUCGCCGUCGCCAUGAUAACAGGAGGCGAUCUCGUUCAAAAUCCAAACAGCCAAAGCGUGAUGAAAAAGAGAGAAAACGAAGAAGCCCAAGUCCCCGACCCACAAAGGUUCACAUCGGGAGGUUGACCAGAAAUGUAACUAAGGACCAUAUUCUAGAGAUCUUCUCCACAUACGGCAAAAUAAAGAUGAUAGAUAUGCCUGUUGAUCGCUACCACCCGCAUCUGUCCAAGGGUUAUGCCUACGUUGAAUUCGAAGCUCCUGAAGAAGCGGAAAAAGCCUUAAAACACAUGGAUGGAGGACAGAUUGAUGGGCAGGAGAUCACCGCUUCAGCUGUUCUGACGCCAUGGCCUAUGCGUGCAAUGCCCAGAAGGUUCAGUCCCCCUCGACGAAUGUUGCCACCUCCCCCAAUGUGGCGGCGAUCUCCACCACGUAUGAGGAGAAGGUCACGUUCACCUCGGAGACGCUCCCCUGUAAGACGCCGGUCACGGUCACCUGCACGUCGCCGACAUCGCAGCCGUUCCAGUUCGAACUCAUCGCGGUGAACCUGUCAUCCUCUCGUGCCCCUUCCUUCCCACACCCGUCGCCUUGACACCAUAAAUCCUUCUCAGCAGAGUUGGCCAAGAGUUUUUUUUUUUUUUUUUUCAUGAAACUGUUCCUGGUAUAGCAGAUUUCAGCUUCAGGCCCAAAAAGAGGGUGUGGAAACAAUAACCUAAAGUAGACAUGGGCUGCCAGGGGACCUCCAAAUGUUGACUGCACCUCCCAGAAUCCCAUAGUCUUUGGCAUACUAGCAGCCAUAAACUUCUAGAGGGUUGAAAUGCAUCAUCUCUAGUGUGGAACAGAUUGAUCUCUUCGUUGAAGAGAAUUCCAGAAUUCAUGCUUUUUUUUUUUUUUUUUUUUUUUUUUUUUUCUUGUAUUAUAAAUAAGAAACUUGAUUUUCUUUCAUGUGCCUUUGAAGGCUAAUGGCACACACAGUGGCUUUGGAGGGUGUUUUGUUUUCGCGCCUUAUCAAAAAACAAAAAUAAGGCAUCAUUUGUUCCCAGUUGCUGCCUAAUACGAUUGCAUAGAAAUUGCCAUUGUUUUCACAAGAUUUCCAUAAUCAGCAAUGGAAGGGGGUGACUAGAAAAGAUUUGGCACUGCAUUAUUAAACAGGGAGGUCAAAACACCCCAAAAAGCUUG